AUGGUCAAGGACGACAAUACAGUCAUCAAGGAGUUCAAUGAACUCGUCAACAUGUCUCCCUCGGGCCUCGACUCCUGGCUGAAGGAGGAGUCUUCCCAGAGCGUGGGAUGGAGUAAGAAUGACGGGUCCGGCGAGAGUGUUGGACACGAAAGCGGAAGGAAGAUCAUGGAAAUUCUGAAUAAGAACCCGAGCAAGGAUCCCGGGAAAUACGACGAGGACGACAUCGGCCAUAUGCGCAAGGUCGUUUCAUACUGUAAGAGACAUCUUGCGCAGGAGGGCAAGGCGAAGCAGGACCCGAAUAGUAAGAGUGCGAGGAGUUUGAAGAACUGGGGUCAUGACCCGGCCAAGGAAUGA